UCUUUCUGUCUUUUUUUUCUGUUCCCCUUCAAUGUUGGAGACCUCUUCCUCCUCCUUUAAUAAAUUCUCUGCCUUGCUUUUCCUGGGCUACUGCUUUGUGGAUGUUGGCAGCUUCUUGUUGUGACAGGAGAAUGUGUGUGUGUCCUGGGCCCAGGCGGAUUGCGAUUCCAGUCAGAAGUCCCCAGUUGCCUUUGUUCUCUGAUGCCAUGCCAGCACCAACUCAGCUAUUGCUCCCAUUAAUUCGCAACUGUGAGAUUGGCAGGAUAUACAAUACUGCAUGUUACUGUCACCACAAACAUCUGUGUUGCUUGUCACCUCAUUUAACGCACAAUCACUUAAGAUAUGCCCCACAGAAGAAGCUUGCAACGCUCUGUAGGCCGAAGGAGAACUUCACUCAGUUUAUUCAUGCCAGAAACUAUGUCUCCACACCACAGAGAUUUUACCUCACCCCUCCACAAGUCAACAGCAUACUGAAGGCAAAUGAAUACAGCUUUAAAGUUCCAGAAUUUGAUGGCAAAAACUUAAGUUCUAUCCUUGGCUUUGAUAGCAACCAGCUUCCAGCUAAUGCUCCAAUAGAAGACCGAAGAAGUGCUGCCACUUGCUUACAAACAAGAGGGAUGCUUCUUGGUGUCUUUGAUGGUCAUGCAGGAUGUGCUUGUGCACAGGCUGUCAGCGAAAGACUUUUUUAUUAUAUAGCUGUUUCUCUAUUGCCCCAUGAGACGUUACUUGAAAUAGAAAAUGCCGUAGAGAGUGGCAGGGCCUUGUUACCCAUUUUACAGUGGCACAAGCAUCCCAAUGAUUAUUUCAGUAAGGAAGCCUCCAAACUGUAUUUUAACAGUCUACGAACUUAUUGGCAGGAACUCAUCGACCUCAACACUGGGGAAACAACUGAUGUAAAAGAGGCUUUAAUUAAUGCCUUUAAGAGACUUGACAAUGAUAUUUCUUUGGAAGCUCAAGUAGGAGACCCAAAUUCUUUUCUCAAUUAUCUGGUUCUACGAGUAGCCUUUUCUGGGGCAACUGCCUGUGUGGCUCAUGUAGAUGGGGUUGAUUUGCACGUUGCUAACACCGGUGACAGCAGAGCCAUGCUUGGUGUCCAAGAAGAAGAUGGAUCGUGGUCUGCUGUGGCAUUGUCCUAUGAUCAUAAUGCGCAGAAUGAAGGAGAGGUGGAGCGUGUCAAAAUGGAGCAUCCAAAGUCUGAAGAAAAGACUGCUGUGAAACAAGAUCGGUUACUAGGCUUGCUGAUGCCUUUCAGAGCUUUUGGAGAUGUCAAAUUUAAAUGGAGCAUUGACCUUCAGAAGAGAGUGAUAGAGUCAGGCCCAGAUCAACUCAAUGACAAUGAGUAUACAAAGUUCAUACCACCAAAUUACCAUAGUCCUCCUUACCUCACAGCUGAGCCAGAGGUUAUACAUCACAAAUUAAGGCCUCAGGAUAAAUUCUUGAUACUGGCGACCGACGGCUUAUGGGAAACCAUGCACAGGCAAGAUGUGGUUAGAAUUGUAGGUGAAUACCUAACAGGUGUUCAUCAUCAACAGCCAAUAGCUGUCGGAGGUUACAAGGUAACUUUGGGACAGAUGCAUGGUCUCUUAACAGAAAGGAGAGCCCGUGUUUCUUCAGCCUUUGAAGAUCAGAAUGCAGCAACUCAUUUGAUACGCCAUGCUGUUGGGAAUAAUGAGUUCGGCACUGUUGAUCAUGAACGGCUGUCCAAAAUGCUCAGUCUUCCAGAAGAGUUGGCACGGAUGUACAGGGAUGAUAUCACAAUUAUAGUUGUGCAGUUCAAUUCCCAUGUUAUAGGUGCAUGUCAGAACGAGGAGUUCUGAAUUCUAAACUGAGGUGUUGAACCAAAGUUUUUAAAGAACAACUUGGCCAGUACUGCAUGUACAGCAUAGUAAAACUUAUUCAGUUAUUGUCUGGUCAUUGGCAUUGUAGAGGGAGAAAAUAUGCUAAUAACUGUUUGUAAUAGGGGACAUUGGUCAAAAGCUUAUAAAUUAUCAGGAGAACAGAACAACUUGGGACAUUGUUGCACUAAUCUUGCUUGAGCAGUGGCUUGUAAUGGGUUACUGUAUUGGGUGGCACUAAAGGUUUCAUAUGCAUCUGUGCAAUAUUCUGUAGAGCAAAAAUCCUUAUGUUUUUCACAUGUUAAUAUAUGUAUAGGUAGCAAUUUCAAUAGCUAUAUGGAACAUUGGAUGACUACUUUGUUGUAAAACAAUUCAAGUAGGGCUGAUGAUUUUUAUAUUUACAGAAUAACUGGUGUCUUCUCUUCAGGAAAGGAAGGAAACUUUUUAGCAGGCUGACAAAUACCUUUA